UUCUUGGAGGUGCCAAAUGUUUCAAUACCAAGCAACCCCCGUCUCUCUCUCACCCUUUCCUUUUAAAACUCUCCCUUAUGCCCCUCUCUCAACUCCUCCAAGUCCUGGCUUCUCCUCCAAAUUUCUUCCUCCACUAAAGUAAACCCCACCAAAAAAGCCCACACUUUUUCAUCAUCCUUUGCUCUAACUUUUGUCUUUCUCCUCAGAACCCCCAACAAAAGGGUUGAAAAAUGUGGCAAAAGCAACACCCACAUAUGUCUUCUUUCAGGGAAUCUGUGAAAACUCUUGAAGCUGAUAUACAACAUGCCAAUAACCUGGCAGCUGCUCUUCCAAGAGAUUAUGGUGGGGAGUCUGGGGACCGUGUCCAGAUGAGAUUGUCCUACAGCCCCUUUGCUCCUUUCUUCCUGUUUCUUAUAGAAUGGCUGGAUUAUAAAUGCAUGGAUACCCUCCCAAGUUAUUUAGGCCUUCUCCACAUACUUGUGUAUAAGGUCUAUGUUGAUGGAAUGCCAACGAUGUCCUCACAAGAAAGGAAAGCCACCCUGAGGGAAUUCUAUGCUGUGAUAUAUCCUUCACUCAGGCAACUCGGAGGCCAGUUUAUCGAAUUGGAAGAUACCAAUAAGAGAAGUCGAUGCACAGAAGUUUUGAGCAGAAAGAGAGUGGAAGACAGGAGGAAGGUUUCUGAUAAAGAGAUCGAUAGGGAUGAUGAAUGUGGGAUCUGCAUGGAAACUUGCACCAAGAUGGUGUUACCUAACUGUGGCCACUCUAUGUGCAUCUGCUGUUUUCAUGACUGGAAUGUGCGUUCUCAGUCCUGCCCUUUUUGUCGAGGCAGCCUAAAGAGAGUUAGCUCUAGAGACUUAUGGGUUCUCACUGGCAACAUUGAUGUAGUCGAUACAGUUACUCUUGCGAAGGAGGAUUUGAGGCGUUUCUACCUUUAUAUCGACAACCUUCCUCCCCUAAUGCAUGAUACUCAUUCGCUUUUAUAUGAUUACAUGAUCUGAAUCGGUGUAGAAGAAUGAAGUAGUAAAGUAUAAAGAAUGCCGACCACCCAUUGUACAUAGAGUCUGGUGUGGAGAAGUUUGAUCUCAUCUGCCAUAUGGAAGAUCAGAAUACUCUUCCAGUGCAGCUGUAUAUAAUUAACUGAAACUACCUGGAUACCCUUUUCCUGAUGAACUUGGAACUUGUUGAUGAUGAUCAAGCAGAUGGCCUUGAAGAUUCAUGAAAUUCAUCAAUCAGCAGCCAUGGCAACCUGCAAGUAUGAUGAUAUAACUAAUGUAAAAUAAAGAAAAGGUAUGCUUGACAUUCAACUCAGCUUUUUGGAACCUGAGUGUUGGAAUGGAAAUAGAAAUGGCAAGCUACCAUAUUUGCUAAAUUGGUAUGUGACUUUCUUGUUAUUGUAUUGUGUAUGAUAAUCAUAGAUCAAAUGUAUAUGUUAUUCGAAACUUUCUUUUGGAUUU